CAGCCGUUAGUACCGUUGAUUUAAAGGAACGGUUGUGGUUGUGGCGGUAAGGGAACGAUUGGUGUGUGCUUCUGCACAGGGGUACUACUGAGCUGCAGUGUUGUGGCCAACAUGGAGACUUUUAUCCCCGAUUACAGUACUUCAUUUGGGCGCAGUGAUGGUGUUUCGGGCAGUCGUGCCUCCUGGGAAUUGUAGUUCUCGGUGGAUGUUGUUGGAGCAGCACCAGGACAGAGGACCACUGUGCCAACCACAUCUAAACAUGGAUGAGCGCCUAGUGAACUGACAGCCCCAACGUAAAAGCAAAAUCCAACAAAUGCUGAAAUUUGAAACAAACAGAGAAACUCAGCAGGUCUGGCAGUAUCUUUCGAGAUAACAACUGAACUAUCACCUGAAGAAAAUCGCAUGUUUUAUGCCAGGUUGUAUACUUGCUAUAACUGCGUCCUGAUACUGCUAGCAGUGCGGUGAAAGUGGCAAAGAAAUUACAGGUGCUACGUUACAUCCUGCUGGGAGUGAUGAUCUGUGUCCCCUGGGGAAUUAGCAACAAAGCCAGAAAGUGUAACACUGAAACAAUGCAGAAAAGGUAGCUGCUGCAUUUGAGACCUGUGCUAAAAGAAUAUAUUUGCGGCCAUUUGCGUGUUCAUGCUGAGCAGCCCUUGACAUUUUCCAGUUGUGGAGCUGUGCAUGUCCCACUAGACUUGGCCGUGAUUAAGCACUGAAGUCUAUGAAUCUAAUUCUUGGCUAUUUUUCACAAGUGCAUGAAGAUUUGAAGCUUAGUAACGGUGCAGAUAAUUCAAGGUCUUUCCGUUUUAUCGAAGAUGUCAGGCUCAUACGACGAAUCCAGUGGAUUAGAGGAAACGACUGACAGUUUCUGGGAGGUUGGAAAUUAUAAGCGCUCAGUGAAACGUAUUGAUGAUGGGCACAGGCUGUGCAAUGAUCUUAUGAACUGUGUCAAUGAACGAGCUAAGAUUGAAAAAUCAUACUCCCAGCAGCUGACUGACUGGUCUAAAAGAUGGAAGCAACUCAUUGACAAAGGACCACAAUAUGGCACUGUUGAGAGAGCCUGGAUGGCUCUAAUGACUGAAGCGGAUAAAGUGAGUGAGCUCCACCUGGAGAUGAGAAAUGCACUAACCGGUGAAGAUUUCGAAAAAGUUAAGAACUGGCAGAAAGAUUCUUUCCACAAACAGAUGAUUGGAGGCUUCAAAGAAACCAAAGAAGCAGAGGAUGGAUUUCGGAAAGCACAGAAACCUUGGGCUAAAAAGCUGAAAGAGGUGGAGGCAUCCAAAAAAAGUUAUCACCUAGCCUGUAAAGAGGAAAAGAUGGCAGCUACGAGGGAGGCGAACAGUAAGGCAGAGCAGUCAGUCACUCCUGAACAACAGAAGAAACUACUAGACAAGGUGGAGAAAUGUAAACAAGAAGUACAGAAGACAAAAGAAAAGUACGAGAAAGCAUUGGAUGAGUUAAGUAAAUGUACACCACAGUAUAUGGAGAAUAUGGAACAAGUAUUUGAACAGUGCCAGCAGUUUGAGGAGAAACGAUUGGUUUUCUUCAGGGAAGUACUUCAGGACAUCAAACUACACCUAAACCUCACUGAAAACAACAACUAUGCUAACAUUUACCGGGAGCUGGAGCAGGUAAUCCGGAUUGCAGAUACACAGGAGGAUCUCAAAUGGUUCAGUAGUACACACGGACCUGGAAUGCCAAUGAACUGGCCUCAGUUUGAGGAAUAUUCUCAAGACAUGACUCAUACAGUUGCUAAAAGAGAGAAAGUAAAAAAGGUUAAUGAAGGUAUAACAAAUGUCUCACCAGGAGGAGAGCAGGGGACACAAGCUGUGGACCGGGGCAGUGAUAAUAUCUGCCAGAGUAAUGACAGAACUUGCAGUAAUAAUCCUUUUGAUGACGAUGAAGCCAACCAGGAGGUGAAGGAGAACCGGAAAGAGGAAGAGAAAAAUGUAAGUAGCUAUGAGAAGAACCAGGCUUACUCUGCUGAAUGGUCUGAUGAUGAAACAAAUAACCCCACCACAAAUGAUGCUAAUGGAGGAACAAAUCCAUUUGAUGAGGAAGCAUCUCCUGCCCAUGCACAGGGAGUGCGAGUGCGUGCACUAUAUGAUUAUGAAGGUCAAGAGCAGGAUGAACUGAGCUUCAAAGCAGGUGAUUUCUUAACAAAAAUCGAAGAUGAGGAUGAACAGGGUUGGUGCAAAGGACGUCUGGAGAAUGGACAGCUGGGCUUAUAUCCAGCCAAUUAUGUUGAGGUUAUCUGAUAACACAUUGUACUUGCUGAGCUAGUUGCUGCUGCUGUAUAUAUGUGUUCUAGAUAAUGCUGUUCUUGUGAUUUGACAAAUCAUUUCAUUUUCUACUUUUUAUUAGUAGUGUAGUGCCCUGUUAUCAUUUGUGCAAAUCAUGCUUUCAUCUGUGGGCUUAAAAGAUUGUACCCUUUAAUGGUUGAUGUAAAAACAGCUAUUUAAGAAGAAACCUACUUAACUUAUAAAGUGAGCUCUCUUCCAUUCUUAGAGUGGCAUCCCAUUUGUUGACCCUGUUUGUUUUUAAACUAGGAAGCCCCAGUCUGAGCUCGAUUUUCCAUCCUAACCUUGAUCAAUCUUGCACGCAUCUAUAUAUUUCACUUGGAGUCCUGUUAAUGGUUUUUCUGUUAUUAGCCCAUUAAUUGGCUGUGCAUAAUCAAUAAAUCAGUCUUGUGUAUGUGUACACAGACAGACACAGAGUGUGUGAGAGAGAGAGAGAGAGAGAGAGACCACCUUAGGCAUUUGGUACUUUGCAUGGAUUUGUUGUUCUGUGUGCGUUCUUUUAACAAAACCCAUUCACCAUUGCAAUUCGAGUUGAAAACCAUUCAUGGAAGUGUUUUGUGUUGUGAGCCAUGUGGCCCUUGCUUCUGAUUAAUUCUAAUUAAUCCAGUGAAGGUGACUGUGUUUGCCUCAUUGAGCAGUGAUUUGUCCAAUAGCUUCCCAAAGAUUUCUGCGGCUUUGCAUUAUUUCAUUAGAGAGCAUAAAACUGUUUAGUAAGGUAUUUGAUAUUGAACCCACUGGUUGGCAUUAAGGGGCUCAAUCGCUUGCUUACCUGUUUAUUUACAGCACUUGGGUAGUUAAGGUAAAUGAAAUUCAGAUUAUCAAUUUGGUAAAACCUUAAUGAUUCAAGUAUGCAACUAGCUAUCUAUGUAAACUUUGUGGAAGCAGUCUAUGACUUUGCAAGUGGCUGAUUUUAGUGUAGUGUAAUUGUGUUGCCUAUUGACCACUAUAUUUUAAUUGUCAAUGCAUUAAGUCUGCUGCAGUGGUUGAAAUGCUAAUCUAUACAUUUCCCAUUGAAGUAAUUAUGUCUUUUUGAAAAAGUACCCAUGGUCUGGUUAGGAAUCGUGGAGAAUGAAUUAGGUAUUGCUAUUAACUUGGUUUCCUUUUUGCUUCUGUGCACUGUAAUGUUGGGAAUUUUUUUAGAGAAAAAAGAUAUUUAGUCUAACAGACCUAGUGGAGUGAGAAGACCAUUGCUGUCCAUGCAGCUGUUGUGCACACAGGCCAAGGUGUCUAGUCCAGUAAAACUCAGGCUGUAAAGUAGCUACCACUGAAAGCAAGAGGCUUGAAAAUGAGCCUUGUAAUCUCAAGCUCUUUUGCAAUGAAAAUGUCCAAGUCCAAAAGUAAAAUAGAAAGGCCUGUGAACAUUUUACUGCACUUGCUGGCUUCUGUCACCAGAGGGCUCAAAAGGUCUAAGUAAAAGUAAGCACAAAUACAAAAGUAAAAUAUGACUGAAGCUUGAAAUCUGAGAUUAAAAACUGGAAAUGCAGAGCAGUCUACUGCAUAUUUGCAACAAGAAACAAAAUUCAAGUUUUUGGUGUACUGUAGAACCAUUGAAAAGACAAGUGCUGUCAGACCUUCUAGAUGUUUUCAGCACUUGUACUUAGUAAACAUAGUCCUUUAUUGACAGCACUAUUAUUGUAGUUCUAGAAUGGCUAUCAUUUUCAACAUCUCCAGUGACUUUUACACAAACUUUGAGGCCACCCAUUUUUUUUCUUGGAAAGUAUAAUUCAUUUUAAAAUGAAAACACUGACCUAAGUAAGUAAUGCAGUCCUAGCCUAAAGUAAUGAUAUACUGCGUAUAAUGCAAGAUAAAUGUAAGUAUUAAAGUUUGAGAAUCAUCUCUGUAUCUAAGGCCUCUCUCAUCUUUCUCCCACUCCUCCUCACUUAAGUCUGUGUAUUUUUUUUCUCUGCAACUUUUCUUCUUAAAAAAAUAUUGAACUCAACCCUUUUGAUGAACAGUUUUUUCAGUUCCCUGUUUUGCCCUUCAUCUUGUCGAGAUUAAAAAAUGUUAUGCAAAUCAUUUAUGGUUGGGGUUGAAGAUCUGUGUUGGAAUUACCUAGCUGCUUCUUAGGUUAAUCAUUUUUUAAAAUCAGUAUGGUGAAGAAGAAGACCUGGUGAAUAUCAAAAUCUGGCUUUUUCCAAGUGAGGCAACAAGAAUAUGUAUCUUAUAUAGACAAGAAUUAAGGACUGGAAAUUUAUAGGCUUACAGUAUCUCAUUUUGGAGCAAACUUGCUGACUCCAUAAUUACUGAAGUUACGAUGUUACCCACUCCCUAGCAGUUUCAUGAAAGAUCGAAUUGAAAGCUAUUCUGAAUUUUAACAGCCGUAUGAUGAAACUAUGUCCAGUGGAAGUUGUAAUUUUAUUAAACUUCUAACUUUGAAUGUUCUACUAUAGAAACUUGGAUAAAAAGAAAGGGAUGUUGAUAUUUAAUAGAUGUCUUAGCUGGCAUGUUGUAGAGUUUUUUUAAGCAUUUUCUUGAUGCUGGAUUCCAGUCAGGAACUAAGAAUGUGUUGGAAAUGUUGAGUUCUUUGUGUAACGCUGAGUAGGACAGAGACCCUGACAUCAGUGACCGCAGCGUUUGUCACCAACCUCAGCAGCAUAUUUCGAUGUAAGAUUUGUGCUUUUUUGAAGGCCAACAUUUGUAUCCUUAAUCUACAGCAGUGAGGAGGUUUCACCAUUCCACUUUAGGGAGAAAAGGAAGGAAAAUUUGAUGGACUUCAAUUAAUGUGUGCGGUAUUCAUUUUGAUUUACCAGUUUACCUCCCAAAACAAUCCUACUAAUUGUCAGCACUAAGUUUACUGUAAGGUUUGUGUCAUGCUUUCCCUCGUCUCAUUUUAGUUUUUUGUCUUGGUUUGCCACCUGCUCCCAGUUUUCUGAGCCAAAAUUAGUGCCAAAAACACUUUGCCGUUUUGAGAGUGUAUGUGGGCAGGCUUGUUUCAAAGCUUGUUUCUCUCCUGACUUUAUUCACACAUUUGGUCACUCAUUCUCCAACUCAUUUAUUCCCUAAUUUAUUUCAAACCUUCACAGGUUUUCUGCAUGGAGACUCGUUGCCUCUUCCAAAUUAAAUCCAUGAGUUUUUUUUCUAAAUAUAGGAGUGAUGUAGCAAGUUCACACACAAUUUUGGGAAUCACGAGGGUGUUGUCCUGCACUUCAGAAGCACAAUUGGAUAGACAGUUUCCAAAUUCAAUAUAUGAGAAUGUUGUUAAAUUUAAUUAUUUAUCAUUCACACACCUUAUAUGAAUUUUGAAAUUUCUGUGUGAGCAAACAAGUUGUUUCACCACCUUUUCAUAGAUAUUUGUUCAGUGUAAUCUAAGAUCUCUCCGUCUGUUCACCCUGGGACUCUAUCUGUCCAACUUUGUCACCAGUGAUUCUAACGCUCUUGUAGUUAAAUUGUGAUAUCUAAUUAGCAGUUAGACAGUUGUUUUGUGACCUGUCUGAAUGUGCCCAUGAGCAUUAUAGUACUGUUGAAAUACCAUAGCUACUGGAGUGAGUUAUAAAUCAGCAGCUUUUGGAGGGUGGUUGGGAGGGAGAGGAGAUCCCACAUGAAGAAUUAGAUCUUAGAAUCAUCUGGUUCUCAGUGUACGAAAUAUCUGCUUACAUUACUCUUUUGACAGUUCAGCCCUUUAAUCUGCUUUAAAAAAAACCUGAAUUAUCCCAGCAAUUAAGCUCUAUAAUUACCAUAGCGAUGCAGAAAUAUAGAACUUUAACAAGUUGAAUGAUAUUUUGUGUUAGGGGACUUUGAAUUGAGAAAUCAACUGCAUUGGCAGAUGGUAUUUUACAAAAAACAUCAAUUUAGUAACCCUAAAACCUCCUUUGGUUCCAAACCUUUCUCUGAUGUUUUAAAAUAACAUGUUGGAACACAAAAGCACUUUUUAAUCACAUUACACAACAGUCAUGCAGACCUUUAGGUUUACUUCUAAAAAUUCCAUGCCAUGAAUAUAUAAGUAGAUCUUGGUUGUUGGAUGUGCCAGGCUUGUGAUAUGUACUGCCAGUUCCCAUUGCUCCUUAACCUGGGAAAGCUGACUCCUGUGCAGAUCAGCCCAAAUACUUGUUCUAAAUUAUGAAAGUCUAGAUUAACUGUACAGUUUGCAAUUCUAGCCUUCAUUAAGAUGUAAGCCAGUAUCAGUUGGAGCAACUGCAGGCUUUUCAUAACUUAUUUCUGAGUGGGCUUGUGCCUGCCAUAUGUGAAGUCAAAAUGGUAUGAGACUAUGCCCUGAAGGUAAUCACCUUCUUGGAUAAAUUCAGUCCAAGCAACUUCAUACACAAUCCGCAUUAUGUGGGAUAGCUAACUUAAGUAUGUUAAUAUGUUGUUACUACUUGUUUCCUGAAUAUAACUAUCAAGCAGGCUUAGGUAUAAGAACCCAAGUUUCAGAUUUUUAAUGGUUUUUAACUUUUAUGGCUGAUGUUGACAAGGGGAGGUUCUAUAUAAUAUUAAAUUUUUCAUUCUCUACUUUGCCCUAUUUAACAAAACGUUGCAGCUGGUAAAGAAGAAUGUAUAUUUAGCAGUGUAUUUUGUAACCAAAAAUCUAUAAAGAAUAUAUAAUUUUGAAAGAAUACUAACCCUUGCAAAAGUGUGAGUGUAGCUCAAAUUGAGAAAUGUAACACAUUUACAAAUCUCAACAACCAUAUAUGCAACAUGUAGAAUUUCUGAGGAUAUUUAUAUUAGAAUGAAUUGUCUUUGCAGGGGUAUCUUGUCCCCGUAUCUCUACCAGCUGACAAUUGGGUUGCCACCAUUUACCGCAUUCAGUAUCAAGCCAGAUAAUAACUCAUGACAAGGCAUACUUCAUUAAGACUGAUUUGUUGCUGUCUUUAAUUUGAUGCCUGCACAUUAUUUGAAAGACGGAGUAAGGGGUGAGAAUGCGAGUUUACUUUAAAAUCCAGGUUUCUGUCUAUUUUGAGAAUUAUCUUGACAACAUGAAAACAGGGUGGUUUUAACACCAUUAGUGACCUGGGACACGUUCCAAUAUCUGCUACUGACCAUUCUGCUUAAUGCACAGUCUGUGCACAAUAUCAGUUACUUAUGAAAUGGAAAAGGCAGUAUCAGUGCUUAAUUCACAAGGUCAAUUUGUAUGUCAAUGUAGUGACGUGGCAGUGCAACAUUCAGUUUGAUGUAUUGAUAUACCAUUCUGCAAAUUCAAUUCCAAAUACACAUAUAAAAGUUGCAUUUGAUGCUAUUGUAUAAUCAGUGUAUAUGACUGUAAUUUAACUAGUAUCUUGUGAUUGUACUGUGUGCAUAAGUUUGAAUUGAAUUUUCUCUGUACGUUCACUGUUGUGAAGUGAAUGCUCCCUUCCUUAAAGCCUGUGUUUACAUGCUUUAGCUGGAAGUCGAUACUACUAAUGUAGUGCCUGUUUGAACAAUACCUGCUGUUAAUGUGAACUGUAGUUGAGCCAUAUUCAUAUGUGAUAUGGAGACUGUUCCAGGUUUUUUUUGCAUAGGUUCUGGAAGUGCCAGCUGGGUUCUGCCUCAGUACCACAUGUGUCACAUUGACAUUACAAUAGUGGAAUAGAGACCUUGCCUGGCCAGUGAAAAGAACAAUCGAAGACUAAGUUGAAUUAUGAACUAAUUUAUGAAUCUCUUAAAGACAGGAGUUUGGUUGAGUUGUCAUGUUCCAGAAUCUGAAAACUAUUUCAAAAUAUAGCUGUACCAAGUGAGCAUCCAUCAAAGCUGGAAGAAUGCUGAGAAAAUAUCUACUUAAUGCUCGACGCUUCUAUUUAUAUUCAGACAGCCAAAUACACUGUCUUUCACUGCAGAAAUUGUGUGGUCGUUUCCUAACUGUGAGUGGUACUGUCUUUGCUAGCAAGUGCUAAUUGCUGUAAAAAAAAUCAAAAUAGUGCUGGUGUACAGGCCACAUCUUUGUGUGUCGUCUUUGUACCUCCAUAUAUUGCAGCAAUUUGUAUUCUCUUAUGAUAUGUACACUCAGAUCCUAACAAUAGUGACCAUUCAAUAUAUUUAACUGUCUUCCAGGGUCCAUUAAAAGAAAUGCACUUCCAACAUUCAUAGUGCAUUGUGUAGCUAAUUUAGACCCCAGUUUAAUUUUUAAAAAAUUCAAUGAACAAUUUAUGGACUUCUGAAUUGGGACUAAAGCAUUAGGCCAUUGCCUGACAAAUAUUUCAUUACUCUUCAUUGUUUGAGGGAAAACUUUGCCCUCUCCUCCGAACCCCCAGCACAAAGAAACCAAAAUGGUGAUUCUUCUCGAGCGCGUCUUUAUUGAAUUGGGUAACUUGCAGAAUUCAUCCCAUGAUGAAUUCCAGAAUAUUGAAAAUUUUUAAGUGGAAUGGUUAGCAAACCAUGCUAGGAGACAAUGGAACAGCCAUGUCUGAGUAUUGCAGUUUUAAUCACAGUGGUGGAUAACUUCCUUCUAUUGUCUGCUCCACUUUGGCAAAGAAAGUAGACGCCUCUAUUGAACUUAACUGGCGACUUUUGUCAAUUACUCUGUUCAAAAGAAUAUCAAUAAAGAGAAUAUUUUA